CUGGGAGGGCAGAUCUGCUCCUCUGCAUGCCUGCUGGGUGCUCUGCUCUGAGGAGGCCGCAUCGUCUCAGACCUGUUGCAGUCUCCAAAUAUAAAGCGAAUAUAAACCCCCCUUUGUUGGGGUGAGGUUGACUUGACUGAGCCACAUGAUCAGUCAGGUGACAAAAUUGGGCACCAAAGCGGAGGAGAAUGAGCAGCUGGGUGAGGGCAUUAGCUGCUGAUCUUGCCUCUUGACAGGCUGUGUUACUCCUCAGGGAAAAAUGAGUGCCUGGCUGUGUCCUCUGCUGUGGACUUUAACCAUGGUGUGCUUAACAGGUAUUGCUUUAGGCCAGACAGCCAGCACUGAGUUCUCCAUCACAUCAACCCCAGCACCUCCCAGUGCAACCAGCACUGAGGUUCCCAUUGCAUCCACCACAGCACUUCCCAGUGCAGCCCCUGCUACGGCCUCUGCUCCCCCAGCUGCUCCUGCAACGCUCUCAGCUGCACUGACACCAACCACUGCAAGCCCUGCUGCACCCACAGCAGCUCCAUCUGCUGAUCCAAGCACAACAACCCCUGCCCAGACUCUGCCCUCCAGCACGGGGACUGUCCCCACCUCUGGCAGCCGGGCCACAUCUCCAGCAUCUUCAGCACUGACAGCCACACCCAGCAGUGCCCCAGCGUCCCCUCCAGGGGUGACCACAUCCCCUGGGCUCCCGUCGUCAGCUCUGCCCCCCAGCACCCCCCAGCCCUCCAACUGCAGCAGAGUGAAUGUGACAGCCUGUGUCCCCUGCCCCCCAGGGACUGUCCCUACCCAAGGCACCUUGAGCUGCUCGUGCUGCGCGGGGGGCGCGUGCAUCGGCCCCGGUGCCUGCAGCCCCUGCCCUCCAGGCCACUACCAGCCCCAAGGUGGGCAACCAUCCUGCCUGCCCUGCCCACAGGGCUCCUACACCAGCUUCCCAAGGAGCACUGUGUGUCUUUCCUGCCCACCAGGACAUUUUGCUAAUGAGUCUGGGGCUGCAGCCUGCAGAGCCUGUGAGCGAGGAUAUUUUAGCUCCAAGCAAAAUGCAGCUUUUUGUCUGCCUUGCCAGCCAGGAUCAUUUUGCAACACCACCAGCUGCUCGGCCUGUCUGUCCUGCCCCGGGGGACAGGAGGCUCCUCGGGAGGCGUCGGAGGGGUGCGAGUCCUGCCUGCCAGGUACAUUCAAAGGUCCCAGUGACAACAGAUGCAAGGCCUGCAGCACAGGAGAGUACCAACUACAGCGGGGCAAGGAGAGCUGUGACCUGUGCCCAGAAAACCACUACUGCCCCAGCCCAGAUGUGAACCCAGUGAAGUGCCCUCCUGAUGCCUUCUGCCCCCGGGGCAGCGUGGAGCCCACCUACUGCAUGGAGCUCUUCCUGUACAAGGCAGGGGACUCCUGCCAGCUGACCCCUGCCACGGUCAUUGUCCUGGCCACCUUCUCAGCAGGUGGGAUCCUUGUUGUCUUUCUAAUAAUCCUGAGAAGGCGGCAGGAGCACGGCAAGAACUCCCUGAAGUGGCUGUUGCUGCCCCGGGGCUCAGGGCCCGCCUCCUACGGGGGCACGGAGCACACGGAGCCCGUCUAUGCUGGCUGGUAGCCCUGGCCAUGGCCAGCAGCCUCUCCUUCCCCUGGGGCAACGCAGAUGUGGCUCUGGGCAAGGUGUUUAACCAUCAGCAACCUACUUCUGUAUAGCUGAAAUCAGUGCUGGGGAAUAAAAGUCAGUUUUUGA